AUGGCCAACCUGUACUUCCAAGGGUCGUCGCCGGACGGCGGCGGCUGGGAUCUCAAGUUCACCGGGAUCCCGGUGGUGCUGUACGACACCGGCGAGACCCGGUCCCGCGACAAGCCCCGCAUCCAGAUCCUGUUGGUGGAACGGGGCACGUGUUUCGCCCUAUGGCAGGACACCAUCGACAAUCUCACGGCGUACAAGGUGUCCAGCCAGGGUUUCCACACCAUGUGCCUGUCCACGGACCACACGCGGCUGGUGGGCCUGAGCUUCGACUGCGCGGACGCCGCCCAGCAGCUGUGGUCGCACAUCGACCGGCUCACGUCCGACCCGGAGAACAUCCGGCUGUCCGGUCCCGGGAACCGGUCCAAGCACGGCCGCAAACAGAAACAACGGCCGGCCCCGGCCCGCCGGCUGCCCGACAAGUCGCACAUAUCGCAACCGUGCUGCUUCGAGCACGUCACCAACGUCGAAGUCGCCGACCGGUCCAGAUACCUGUCGCUCCAGAACCUCGUGCCCGCGCCCAGGCCGGUGCCGCUCGACACCGGCACCGACGCGUAA